AUGGCGUAUAACCACCGCAUGAGCAUGGCUGGCUCUCAACAGCAACACAAUCGUGGUCGCAAGAAGGAAGACGACAAUGACGCAUUGAUGCGCUUGCCCGACAAAGAAAUUGCAGGAUGCAUCAACGACAUCGGAAUUCCGUUCACCACGGCCGACCUCGCGAAACCGAACCCGCAACAGAUCCAGAUGGUCUUCGAAUGGUUUGCAGAACUGCUCAUGAAUGUGACUCGAGAGACUGUCGAACCUGGAAUGCAUGCGGCCGCAGACGAAAUCUGCGGAGACUACCCAGACAUCGUCCCCAAUGAAACCCGCAACCUCAUGGGAUUCUUCAUUAGCAUCCGAAGGCUGUUGUCGGAAUGUGGUGUUAACGACUUUACUUUUACCGACCUGACCAAGCCAACCCAUGAUCGACUGGUAAAGGUCUUUUCCUACCUUAUCAACUUUGUCCGGUUCCGCGAAUCACAGACUCCGAUAAUUGACGAACAUUUCAACAAAACCGAGAAGACAAAAACGCGCAUCGAUGAGCUGUUUGCCGAAAACCACGAGAUGGAACAACGCCUGGCUGAGAUGCGGCAGGAACAACAGAUCAAUGAGGUACAGGUUCGCGAGAAAGUGGCACGAAACGACGAGCUUAAGGCGCGGCUUUUGGAACUGGGUCGUGAGCAGUCGCGGGUAGCAGAGAACCUUGAUCGUGUCAAGAAUGACCGCGCGCGGAGGCAGCAACAGCUUGAGGAAAAGACAGAGAGGACAGUUCGGAGUCGACAAGAAGCCGAAAAGCUGCGGCCUUACGUUUUGGAAUCUCCGGUCACAUUGCAAUCAUCAUUGACUGAGCUAGCGGAAAACCUCAUGCGCGAGAAAGCCCAGAUUGACGCAAUGGAGAAGCGAGCACGAGCGCUACAGACCUCUUCGGACUCAUUCACAGUUGUUUCAAAUGAUGUCCAAGCAUGCGUCAAGCUACUUGACGAUAUAUCUACCGAGAUACAGAAAGAAGACGAGGAAGAAUCUCGCGCCGCGCGGAAUAAAGAAGCUAUUUCCGACCGAGGUGCCAGUGUACGAGAAGUUGAACAGACAGAGAAGCUCCUGCAGCGCCAACUGGCUCGCUGGAACGAACGAAUUGAACACCUACGCAAGAAUGCUCAAGAAAAAGCAGAGCUUGCACAGGCCAGGAUGGAAGAGCUCCGAAAUGUACAGAGACAACUUCGAGAAGAACGUGCAGAGAAGCAAAGUGACAUGGAGCGGAGACGAAUCCGGAUUGAGCAGACAGAGAAGAAGAUGGUGGAUCUCAAGGAGAAUAUCGAGAGCGAGAUCCAAGCAGCCCACGACCAGUAUCUCAAGUUGGAGUCACAUAUUAAGCUCUAUAUCACAGAGGUGGAAAAAUCCCUGUGA